GAGACUUUGAUGGAAGUUGUAUCUCUAACCUUGAUAGCUGUAAGUCGCACAGUGUGACAUGGUCCAUUUGGCUGAAUAUUGACUCGCCAUCUGAUGCCAAAAAUAAAGUGCACUAUUUCUUGAGCUCCGGCGGACAAACAAGUUCGGCAAGAGGAAUCGCUUUCAUGUACAACGCCCAAUCUACUGAAUUUCUGUUUGCAGCAAGGUCCAAAUACCAUCACAUUCGUCGGAAAUAUAGCAUCAGCAAAUUACCUUUGGACAAAUGGUUCCAUCUGACAUUUAUAGUUGACUCAGUUGGAUCGCCAGGCAUGGACUUGAAGGUUUUCGUCAACGGAGAACUGAUGCAAGUAGAUGACAUGUCAAAUGCGACCAGUAAGGGUGGGUGGUCGGAUGGCUGCACACGUCUGUACCUUGGUAUGACAAACACGUGCAAAAAGACCUAUUCCGUAGAUCAAUAUGGCAGCUCAGCAGCGUACAGCAGUUUGGUUGUGUUUGAUGGUCUCCUUAGCCAACAAGAAAUACGCCACCUGUAUAAAUAUAGAUCGAUAGGCAAACUGGUGAAUAUCGCCAAAACGGGUUAUGCAACUAUUGGCCUCUCCUUGCGGCCAGUUGAGGACGCCGAGCAUCCUUUUACGAUCGACGACAAGUCCUACACGUUUUGCAGCAAAACGACACCAAGGCCUACCGAUGGGUCGUCAACGAGUAGUUCGUGCUUAGAUCAGCAGGAACAUCCUUUUAUCUGUCAGAUGUGAUGUGAUAUCGUUCGUAUUUCAACACAAUUACCUUAUGUGCUUGUACGAGGAAUAUGAAAUUUAUAGGACUUCAUCACUCAGGGGAAAUAGUCAAAAGCAUAGAAGUGCUUGUACACCAAGCAGUUGGGGGGAAACAAAAUAAGGGCGUAUGUUAAACAUCAAUUUAUUGAAUGUAAGCUUAUUGGGUGAGUGGUAAAUGUGUAUUUCUUACUUGUGUACGGUUAAUAUUUUGUCGCUAGGUUGUUUCAGUCAGAUUUCCUUGAAACUUUCGCCGUCUAGUAGUUUUACGACUUAUGAUAUACACUUUUGAAGAAUUAAACUUAACAAAUGAAAACAGUUAUUGUUGUAUUUAUAAUUCUUUGUCUCAAAGGUGUAUAUAAAUAAUAUGGAGUGGAGAAGAGUUUAUGACUUUGAAUUAAAGUUGAAGAAACGCCUGAAACGAGCUUGCGUGCUACGUGCUUUUCAAUGGAAUGUAAUUCUGGCCAUGAUGUCAAGAUGAAAUUUAGAUCAUGAAUCAUCUGACACUGAGGCUACAGCACAACAAUUAUAUCUUUCAGACACCGAAAAGAGGAGGGAACUCGUUGCCGAUGAAACUACUUUUUGUGUAUAAACUUUCAAUUAUAUGUGCAUGCAUAUGGUUUUAUGAAUGUGAUUUUAAAAUUAAAAGGCUGUCCCUAUGAGUAGUUUAUAUGCAAAUUAUUGAGGUAAUUUCUUUAUGAAUUCUUGGAAUUUUGUUCAAUUUUUAAUUGUAUUAUUCAACUUAGCUUGUUAGAGAAUGCUGUUCUCGGACUGAGUGUUUUUCGAGGGAGCAGUCAGAUUAUGCUGUUUUGCAGUGUACUUUAUUACUUAAUACAACCAAGCAAUAAACUCAUCAGUCAAUUAGUUAAUCAAUAGCUCAAUCAAUCACUCAAUACAUGGUUAGAGGGGGUUAUAAAUCGAGCACACGUUGGAUGGAUUUGUUGCAUGACCCCGUGCGGGCAAAUUCACAGGCAUGACAGGCCCAGGUAGGCCUAUAUUCCCCAUUUUGUUUUCGUACAUGCGCUACAAUUCUGCAAAGUUGAGGUCACUUUCUGUUGUUUGUUAAAAUGGUAAGGCCAGCUAACAAACGACUACACGUAUACCAUCUGCCGAGUUCUUCCACAGUGUGUAAAGGUUUGCUAAUUUUACAGCACAGAAAUAUAACCAGGCUUCAGAUUUCAUUUUGUUUCUUGUUAA